AUGGAUACAAGAUUUUUGUACCCCUUGGAGAGCUGUAAAAUCAUCCACUUGUUGAGACAUGGACAAGCGGUGCACAAUGUUGAAGCCGAGAAGGAUAGGAGAUUGUUGUUGUCUCCUCAUCUUUUUGACGCCCCACUUACUGAUCAUGGUCACCAACAGGUUGAGAACCUCCGCGAACGUGUUGUUUCAAGCGGGCUACUAAAGAGGGUUGAGCUAGUUGUAACUUCUCCCUUGCUGAGAACUAUGCAAACCGCGGUUGGAGUUUUUGGAAAUGAAGAUAAACAACCAAAUAUGACAAGCAGCCCUUCCAUUUUAGCACUUGAGGUUGCUCGAGACCGAAAUAUUGAAAGUGAAGAAGACAAUUUGUGGAGACCUGAUGUUCGAGAAUCUGAAGAAGAGAUCUUGGAGAGAGGGUUAGAGUUCAUGAAAUGGUUAUGGAAGAGACCAGAGAAGGAGGUUGCAGUUGUUAGCCAUGGCAUAGUCUUGCAGCAUAUGUUGUUUGCUAAUUGCGAAAUUCGUACUGUUGUGAUUGUAGACAAAAGCCUUGGUUCUUCUACGGAGAAUUGA